AUGCAAAGUAUGCGCGUGGCUUGCACGUGAUUUCCUCCUUGAAGGUCUGUUCCUCAACCAAAACUUCUAAAGCAAUCGUCAAACCCUAUCUACCUUUUCGCAUUCUUCUUUACUUUGCAUAUUUGCUCCCCUUUCGAAACCCUAACCUUUCACGUCAAUCUUCGAAUCUUCGUCUAUUUUGGGCUUUUCUCAUGAAAUUCAACGAGUUUUCCAUAUCAAUGGUUGGAAGCAACAUCAGUCGCAGCUCAAUUUGAUGUUUUGUUCAGAAAGCAAGACGUAGGAUUUGUUGUUUAUUCUGUUUCUGCAUUGAUGGAGGGCUCUGUGGUGGAUUCGGAUGCCGGAGCUCCGCCAGAGUCAUGGGAGGUUGCCGACUUGGAUGCUAGUGUGCGCCGUCUCAUGCUUUCGUCAUCCAAGAAGGAGUCGAAUAAUUCUUUAGCUUCAUCUUCGUCUGCGAAUGACAUCGUUAACGGUCAAUCUGAGCCCGGUGAUGCGCCUGCUUCAAAUUCAGCUGUAUCCUUGGCGAAUUCCGGUGGGGGACCAUCCGAGGAUUUGAUAAAUUCAGUGGAUCAGUUUCUUCGGGAGGCUUUACAAAACCCUCGCGAGCGGCUUUCCGUUCUACGAAUGGAGCAGGAUGUCGAGAAGUUUAUCCGUGAUCCGAGCAGACAACAAAUGGAGUUCCAACAGCUUCCUACAUCCUAUUUACGAUUGGCUGCGCAUCGCGUUGCUCAACAUUACUCAUUGCAAUCAAUGGUUCUGUUGGACAACAGUCUACCAGAUGGAUCUGGUUCCAGAAUCAUUGUACGUAAGGCUGCUGAUUGCCGGGUUCCUUUGAUUCGCUUAGCUGACAUACCUUUAAAUCUGCCAUCAGAAGAUAGUGGUGCUGUUAAGGUUGCGAUUAAGCAGAGGCCGCAGAAAGGUUCCAUGACUAUGAGUGGCUCAGAUUCGCAUUUGUCAAAGAGCAACAGUUUGAAAAGUGUCGAGGAAAGGAAAGAAGAAUACAACAAGGCCCGGGCUCGGAUAUUUAACUCCAAUAGUUUCAGUGGAGUUUCCAGUGGCAGAGGAGAAAGUGAGCCUAGGAAACAGGAUACUUCUCAUCAGGUUCUGCGAGCAGUAUCAAAGACAGAAGAGAAAUCUAUAUCAGUAGGGGCACAACCUGAGCCGAAUGUCAGUAGAGUUGUUACGGAGUCUGUGCCUGGUAGUAGCAGUAGACCAGCUAGGAAUAAGACUGAAAAGGAACCAGUCGGUAGAUCUAAAGGUUCUAAUAAUAGGGUGGCUAUCUUCCGGGAUCGUGAAAUUGAUCGCAAGGAUCCCGAUUAUGAUAGGAGCUAUGACAGGUACGUGCAGAGGUUUGAUCCUGGAUUUGGAUUCAGUGGAGGAGGAUAUGCCAUUCAGCCCAUGUACACACCUGCAGUAAAUUACAAUACUGAAUUCCCACAACUUGGCUCUGCUCGAAGGCCACCUAUAUCGACUGAACACCAACCCCAGCCACUUCCUCAGCAUCUACCUGGACCCUGGACUGCUCCAUCAACUCCAGCUGGUAUUGGGUAUGGUCUACCCGAGACAAUGAUGACACCGUUCAGUCCCAAUCAUGUUGGUGCCCGUUCUAAUUCAGCUCUAUAUUUGCACACUGCACAAUAUCCCUUUCAGCAUCCUGGGAUGCCAUUCAUUCAUCCUCAUGAGCAGGCUCACCAAUCCUUUGCUCAGUCUCAUCAACCGCAACCUGAUGCAACAUUUGGAUUAGCCCGGCCCCGUUGAGGGGCAUGGGCCAUGCCUGCACCUUGUCACAAGUAUUGUGGAGAGGGGUGCUGCAGCAGCACAUCAUGUCACUUCUGGCGAGGAUGCAGGCAUAGGCAGCCGAGGCAUACUGGAUUGAACAGGUUGAGAUAACGACCCUGUUUAUUCCAUUGUAGAGUUCUCGGUUUGCAUUAGGGCCACAUUAAUGAUGGGGCUCACUGUUCUGGCAAGCUCAUCACUUCAAUGCUUUUGAGUGCUGUGUUUGCGAACUAUGAUGACGAACAAUGAAAGUUGGGGUAGAAUUCUCGGAGCUCUAUACUUUUGCUCUUUGCUGGCUAGGUAGAUUCUUAAUUCAUCUGACCUAUGUAUUAUAUUCAGUUGUGCAAUCAUCUUAAUUGUGGCUUUCCUUCUUUUCAAUGUAUUAUAGGGUCAUUAACAUGUAUGCGUGGUUGUGUUAGCAACAUUGCAAACCCCAAAGCUUGUUGGAGUUGGAGGUUGAGGACCAAGUAGAGAAUUUGCUUUUGGCAUGGGGAAAGCUCCAGAUGCAGACAUUUAGUUAUGGCCGCUGUCUUCAAUUAUUAUCCUUCAGAAUCUUAUGGAUAUAGAGUAUAGACUACUGUUAUUGUACAAAGCUUUUUAUUUUUGUAAAAGUAUUAUUUGGUUGCCGAAAUGCUUAUCUUAACUAUUAUCGCAUAUCAUUUCCAAAAAAAACCAAUAUCGCAUAUGGUUAAUUUUUCAGAGGCUGUCUAACCAAAAAAGAAGGGCCCUAGUGUUACUUUUUUUCUUGUUUAAAAAAGCCGCGGGUAAUUUGUUCAAAACAUACAGCUGUUGAGCCCCUUAAAAGUUCAACUAGGUGACUGGUAGAGCCAGAAAGAUGAACUUCACUAACAUUCAUUUUGAACUGAUUUAAUUUUGCGAAUUUGGUUCUGCUUUCAUUAAAGUCUAAAACUGAUGUUUGGUUUAUCCAGUUUGAAUACAUAAUCACUGACUAUUGGAAUUGGUGUCGAUAGACUAAUGGAAUUGAUAGUAUUAAAGCUGAAUUGGUGUCGAUAGACUAAUGGAAUUGAUAGUAUUAAA